CGUCGACGAGAGCCACCGCGAGAUUGGUUAGAAGCUGUUUCUGUGAAUCGAAGAAUGGGACUGUUAAGCAUCAUUCGGAAGAUCAAGAAGAAAGAGAAGGAGAUGCGUAUACUAAUGGUUGGACUUGAUAACUCAGGGAAGACGACGAUUGUUCUGAAGAUGAACGGAGAAGACACAAGCGUGAUCAGUCCGACUCUUGGAUUCAACAUCAAAACCAUUAUCUACCAAAAGUAUACGCUGAAUAUAUGGGAUGUGGGUGGGCAAAAGACUAUAAGAUCUUACUGGAGGAACUACUUUGAGCAGACUGAUGGGUUGGUUUGGGUGGUGGAUAGCUCUGACCUCAGGAGGCUAGAUGAUUGCAAGAUGGAGCUUGACAAUCUCUUGAAGGAAGAGAGGCUUGCUGGGUCAUCUUUGCUGAUACUAGCAAACAAGCAGGAUAUUCAAGGUGCUCUUACACCUGAAGAGAUUGGCAAAGUGCUAAACUUAGAGUCCAUGGAUAAAAGCAGGCAUUGGAAAAUCGUGGGCUGCAGUGCAUACACCGGUGAAGGUUUGUUGGAAGGGUUCGAUUGGUUGGUUCAAGACAUUGCCUCCAGAAUUUACAUGCUUGACUAAUCUUUAUAUUCCUCAACUACCGCAUUGCAAUGGCAUGUUAUGCUGAUUGUUUGCAGACACAUCACAUUGUAUAUGGUGCCUGUUAUUACCAUUAUCUUUAUUCUGCUCAAGUGACUUCACACCUGCACUUUAGCUUUUCUUUCAGCCCUUAUUGUAACAAUGAUUCAACAAGCAUUAUAUACGUGUUUGAAGACAAAAAUCUUCUACU